AUGGUGACCACGACAGGCGUCCUCUCGUCACUCCCAUGGACAGCUGCGAAACGAUGGUUCGCAGCUCUUAAACCAACUGUCACCGCGGGACAGACCCUGCGAUCGACUCAUCCCUACCAUGCGGCCGUGUGGCCUUCAUACGGCAUCACCACUCCGGUUCCCGACCGCCAGGAUUUGAGCCUCGCUAGUUCGCCGUUUCGAUUCGAGACGGGCUACGCUCUCUGCGCUAAGCGCCCGUCUCGUCCUUUCCCCCCACCGUUCCUAUCUCCACCUUCAACUUCCUUCUCCGAUCCCCUCACGACACACUCUCUAAGCCAGGAUAAGCGCCUCUCCGUUCGGGGCGAGUUGGUCCGCGGUUUGAACAAUGGCGACGAUGCGAUUAUCGUGACGGAGAACUUUCUGGGCGUCGACGACGGUGUAGGCGCUUGGGCCAUGAAGCCUCAUGGCCAUGCUGCACUGUGGUCCCGACUUCUCUUACACUUUUGGGCCCUCGAAAUUGAGCGCCGAGUCACCGCCAACGCAGUCUGUCUCGAUCCGAUCGAGUAUCUCCAAUCUGCAUACGAAGAAACCACUCGCGCAACCACCUCCCCGACCGAGUGGUUCGGUACAACGACAUCUGCGACAGCGCUUUUACACUCCACGCGUGAGCCGGACGGCACUCAGAAACCCUUACUCUACGUGACGAAUCUCGGCGACUGCAAAAUAAUCGUGAUCCGACCAAGCGAGCAGAAGAUCCUCUUCCGCACAGCAGAGCAGUGGCACUGGUUCGACUGUCCCAUGCAACUGGGCACGAACAGCGUCGAUACACCGCGCAAAAAUGCAGUUCUAUCCAAAAUUGCCCUACAGGAGGACGAUCUCGUUCUCGCUGUCUCGGACGGCGUCAUGGAUAAUCUCUGGGAGCAUGAGGUCCUGACGAUCAUCCUGGAUAGUUUGAAGAAGUGGGAUGAGGGUCAGAUGCAGUCGAAUAGUCUUUCGCCGUCGCCCGACAUGUGUGAUGAUCGCAUGGUCUAUGCUGCACGAGAACUUCUGAAUGCUGCGCUGAAUGUGGCUCAGGAUCCGUUCGCUGAGAGUCCAUUCAUGGAGAAGGCCGUUGAUGAGGGCCUUGCUAUUGAAGGGGGCAAAAUGGAUGAUAUCUCGGUUGUCCUGGCCUCCUGCAAGAAACGCGUUGGUUGA